CCUAGGGGGUGUGUCAACUUAUACAUGUCAUGCAUGUAGAAGUUAUAGGCUAGUAUCAGUGUGUGCUCCUAGGGAGUACAACCCAAUAGCUAUAUGUUCCUUGUUUCA